CAGAAGUCUUAUUGGCUAAAACCGACAACGUCACUCCUGUCUUCCUCUUCUACCAACGCCAUAGUGGGGAAAGGACUGGUGAAAAUGUCGUCCCACAAGACUUUCAGGAUCAAACGCUUCCUGGCUAAGAAGCAGAAACAGAACAGGCCCAUUCCUCAGUGGAUCAGAAUGAAGACCGGGAACAAGAUCAGGUACAACUCCAAAAGGAGACACUGGAGGAGGACUAAGCUUGGCCUGUAAACCUGACCUGGUCCAUGUAUCCAGCGUCCCUCCUUUCCAUCCUACCAGGACCUCGGGCUGCUGGGCUUCACCUUUUUUAUUUUGGAGGGGGCCUCCAUGUCAUCUGGAGCUGCAGCUGUUUUUUGUACAGAUUCUCUGGUUUGACAAUAAAACAUCUGUAAUCAAGCUAUAA